CUCCCACAAUCCUUUGCGGUGGUUGAAAAUAACUAACACGGCCAUGUCGUGUCGUAGAAAUCAAUUUGGAAACGGACGAGAGAAACUCAUUUCUUCACUUACUCUCUCCGGCUAAAUUGCCUCGGAAUCGCCGUCCUGCGUGUUGUAAUCUCGACGCCUCUAUUGAGAGAGAAGCAUUUCCGAGCCAAACGCGUGCGCGAGUGAUUACAAGGGUGUCAAAAUGAGCGGAGGAGGGACGCCGUAUAUCGGUAGCAAAAUUAGCCUCAUCUCCAAGGCCGAGAUUCGCUACGAAGGAAUUUUGUACACCAUAGACACCGAGAACUCCACCGUAGCUCUCGCCAAAGUUCGCUCGUUCGGGACUGAAGACAGGCCCACUGAAAGGCCCAUCCCACCCCGGGAUGAGGUCUUUGAGUACAUCAUCUUCAGGGGCAGUGACAUUAAGGACUUGACUGUAUGCGAGCCUCCUAAGGCGACCAGCAGCCUGCCUCAAGACCCAGCCAUCGUUCAGUCGUCCCUCGGAUCGGGCGGUGCGGCGGGCCCGUCGGCGCCAUUCCAGUCUGCUGGUGCGUACGCUCCCUUCAGCAGGGCCCCGGUGCAAAGCUAUGGACAGUUUGGCGGUGCUCCGCAGUUUGGCGCACCUGGGGGGCGCAUCAGUCCUGAGUUGGACCCUCUCGCAAAGAGCUCCGCCCUGAAUCAGGCCACGCAGGCACCCUCCUCGGCCGCCCCUGCGUCGUCGCUCGGACAUAGAAGUCAGGUGGCAGGCUCGGCACCUCGACCUAUCGGGACCUCCGUUGGCAACCUGAAGCCCCCCGACCUCCUGGAGAGGAAGGCUCCCGAAGUGGCCAAAGUGGCAACUCAAGGGGAUCAUGAGCAUACUGCCGUUGAAAACCGCGACCCGAACAGGCGUCAAGGAGGUCAGUGCUACCUGUCGGCGAGCGCCCAGCCGGUGCGUCGCGGGCGCGGCAGGGGCAGCCGCAGCAGGGGCAAAGUGAACGUGCGCCGGGAUGGGAUGAUGAAGUUUGAGGAGGACUUUGACUUUGAGACGGCCAACGCUCAGUUCCACAAGGACGACAUCGACAAAGAACUGCAGACCAAGCUCAAGCUUAAAGACGACAAGGUAGAAAAGACGCCAAACGGCGAAGAAGCCGACCCGGAACAUCCAAGUACGGAGGCGCCAGUCGAGGAAGAGGAGGCGGCGAUACCUCCCUGUUACUACGACAAGACCAAGUCCUUCUUUGACAACCUGUCCUGCAACGACUCCAAUAAAUCGCAUGAUGGAGGAUUCUCAAGAGAGCGGAGGUCGACCUGGGCGGAGGAGCGGCGGAUGAACGCCGAGACAUUCGGCAUCCCGCUGAGGCACCACCGCGGCCGAGGAGGGUACCGCGGCGGAAGAGGCUACAUGGCGCCCCGCGGGGGGCGGGGCCGGCCAGCCGGCCGAGGCUCCUUUGGCCCUCCUCGGGGGGCGCCGCCCGGAUUCCGAGGCGGCUACCGUGGCGGAAGAGGAGGCCGCGAGUUCUCCGACUUUGAAUAUGCGAAGGACAACAAGGUGGCGGCGUAAUCCUGCCCACUUGGAUGACGACCAAUCGUAGCUCUUUGAAAACAUGUUCUUGGGUCCCAACAUUUGCCAGGAAGGGAGAAGACACGGCGGCGUGCCAGCUUCAUUUUUUUUCUUCUUCCAUUUUGAGUUACGAGCGGUGUAAAAUAAGUGGAGUCGGUCGGUACGCCGACCGGCCUUAGAUAGCUUUAUUUUUUCCUCUUUCGUUUCAAUUCCAUUUUGAACAUUACAUCCUGUUGAGACAGCCUGAAGGAAACCAAAUUUUGAGCGCAUUUGCUUGGCCAAAUGCGUGCUGAGCAGUCCACUAUUAACUUUUUUUUUUUCCCCCCUCCUCCUCCUUUCAAGAGCGCUUUGAAUAUAGUUAGCCAAAAAGUUUGCAUUCUGCUCCUCGGUAAGCCACUUUCACUCAGAAAAAGUUCAAUAUUUUUUGUGAAGCUUUUUGUUUCGUUUUUUUCUCAAACAAAAAGGGACAGCAACUGGAUAUGUGACGUGAAUGAUUAGUAUUUUCGUUUUUUCGGCUCCACUUUGUAUUAGGGAGUGCCUUCAAUGUGGGGUGGGUGGGUGUUUUGGGGAUUUUUCUACAGCUCUCCCUUUAAUGUUGAUGCUUUCUAGCAAGUGUAUUGAUAAAACAGCACGAGCAGGUGAUGUUGCAAACAAUGUAACUUAGAAGAAUGGACAUUGAAUAAUACAUGAAGAGCAAAUAAACCAUUAUGUUUAAGUUAAUGUUGCACAUUUGAGCCCGACACUGCAUGAUGACCGACCGCUCCGUCUAUUUUGAAACCAGCCCAAGACGGGGGACAUCCAUUGAGAACCAUCUGCAACUGUUUAGUUUCGUAAGUUUGUUACUUCCUCUGAGCUUCUGGAACAUUUUGAAAAACCAAGGAAUUGUUUUUUUUUGUCCUUGAAAGCAUCAGUAAAAAUUGAAUUUUUACAAUUAAAAAAAUAAAGGAUUCAAAAGUGUA